AACUGUGUGUGUUUUCAUAAAUACUCAUUUUGUUUGCAGGAAUGGGAUCAUUAUAAUAGUAAAAACAAAGCACUUUAAACUCAAGAACAGUUCACAAUUUCUAUUGCAAAAUGAUGGCAUCUCUCGAUUCAGGUCUCAACAGUUCAGAUUUAGUGCAGGACUAUUUUUGUGGAGGUUGCGAAAGUAGAAAUACUUAUGAAAGUGCAGAAUAUUUUUGUGCAACGUGUACAAAGUUUCUUUGCCGAAAAUGCAUUGAUCCUCAUGAUCAAAUAUAUGCAAACCAUUCCAAAUAUGGAAGAGGAGAAACAAAUAAAUGGCCUCUUACAAAGAAAAUGGAAGAAUUGCUACUGAAAUGUAAUGUUCACAAGGAGGAGAAACUGAAAAUGAUUUGUCAGGACCACAGUCAGCUGUGUUGCACUGAUUGUGCUUUUUUGAAUCACAGACAGUGCACAAAUGUGGCUCUAAUUUCUGAAUCAGCCAAAAACUUGUCAACCGAUAUGCAACAGUUGUCAAACAAUCUUCAAACUAUUGUUGGUGAACUAAAUAAGUUUAAGAGUAAACAAGAGGCCAGCAUUCAGUCCGUGGAGGAAUCAUGUAAUGAAAAACGGCAAGAAAUCAAAGAUUUUCGAAAGAAGUUAAAUGCUGCUUUGGAUGCACUAGAAAAUACAUCAUUGAAAGAAUUGGAUGAAAUUCGGACCACAAUGCUAACCUCUCUCAAGAAAGAUGUUGACAACUGCAUCCAACUUGGGGAUGAUUUAAAAACACUCAUUGAAGCUGUAAAUGGCCUUUGUGAUAAGAGCAAAAAAGAAAUAGAGUUCAUAGCCAGCAGGAAAUGUGUGGACAAAAUACAAGCGUCUGAGUCAUAUCUGAAGAAGAACCCUGUAAAGUUGCAGAGUUUUAUAUUCCAUGCAAAUAUUGACAUUGAGCAGUACCUUUCUAAACAGUCUAGUCUAGGGAAGAGUGUAGACAGUAUCCAUUCUCUUAGACACAAGAUGAAUCCAAACCAGCAGUUAACUGUGAAGAGGAAAUCCGAGUAUAUUGUGAAAAUGUCAAGUGACACAAGUCAGACUUUCAGCAUCUAUGGCAUUUGCAGCACGCCUAGUGACCAGGUCAUUGUUGCAGAUUACCAAAAUAAAAAAGUAAAGCUGUUGGACCAGCAUUACAAUGUGUCCAGUCACUGUGAUAUGUCUAGUGGUCCAUUAGGCAUUUGCCAAAUUUCAUCCAGUGAGGUUGCUGUAACUUUAGCAGGUAACGAGGUUCAGUUUAUCUCUGUGAGCAAUGGGCAGCUGGUGAGUGGAAGGAAGAUUUCAUUACAGCAUGCAGCUUAUGGUAUUGCCCACCAUGAGGGAGAAUUGUAUAUCACCUCUGGAACUGCCCUGUACCACUACAAUAUGACUGGGACACUUGUGAAAAAGCUGUUUGAGAAUGCUAGAGGCUAUUUAAGAGGUACAUGUAUUUUUAAUUAAUACACAUAAAAGAUUGUAUCUAUUGAUGAUUCUUAAAAACUCAUAACAUUGUUUAAUAUUUUUUAAACCAAAAUAAGUAACAAUAGUGAUAAUGUGUAUAUCAUAAUCCUAAUCUAUUUAUAUACAACAAUUAUUUUUUUUUAAGUGUUUUACUGUGCAGUGAGUCCUGCUGGGGACAAGAACUAUGUCACCAACUACUAUGAGGACAAGCUCCUUACUCUGGCUACAGAUGGGACCCUGAUAUGCACCUUCAUGGACCCUGAACUACAAAGCGCCAGGGGUGUACACGUUACACCUGCAGGACAAGUGUUAGUCUGCGGAGACAGCUCCAAUACUGUCAUACAAGUGGAUCAAGAGGGAAAAAAGAAACUGGCAACUCUGGUUUCUCGGACAGAUGGACUGAGCCGACCUGCAUCUGUCUGCUACAACACCAACACUCACCAGGUCAUUGUGGGACAAUAUGAUAACUGUAAAAUCAUUGUUUUGGACAUGCAAUAGCACUGGCAUUUGAUGAAAACAUUGAAAUAAAACACGUUUAUAAACAUAAUUGCCAAUAUUUCUUUGAAUGAUUAUUUUGUAUUAGCAGUAUAUAUCUAGGUAAAGAAAAAACAUAUUCAUAUAGUUUAGUUUUGUUAUGAACAAGUAAUUAAACUUUAUUUGAAAAUGAGUUGUUUUCAUACUUGAAAGAUUGGACCAUUUUUAACAUGAAUUUAUGACAACUAUGUAUAAUGAAUCCCAGACAAUUGCUCCCAUGGACUAUGGCUCCUAUGCUAAUUUUGUCAAGGCGGACAUUUCCUCCUACGUUGUUUUGACAACCAGGACAGUCGCUCCUACAUGAUUUUGACAACCCGGACAGUUGCUCCUACAUGAUUUUGACAACUCGGACAGUCGCUCCUACAUCAUUUUGACAACCCGGACAGUUGCUCCUACAUCAUUUUGACAACCUGGACAAUCACUCCUACAUCAUUUUGACAACCUGGACAAUCGCUCCUACAUUAUUUUGACAAUCUGGACAGUCGCUCCUACAUCAUUUUGACAACCUGGACAAUCGCUCCUACAUCAUUUUGACAACCUGGACAGUCCCUCCUACAUCAUUUUGACAACCUGGACUAUUUUUCCAAAUAACAUUUAUUGAAAUAAGUGCUGAUUUUCGAAUGGAAUAAAAUAUGUUUUUAUGGUUUUAUUUCAAAACCAUAAGUAAAUAUACACAUAAAACAUAAUGCAGUCAACAGUGAUCAAUGACAUACAGGCAUAUACAUAUAUAAUUGUGUACAAUAUAAAUUUAGAAUUAACAAUAAAAGGAAUUCGGAACUCUAAAGACAUGCAUAUUGAAAGUAAACAAUUAUUAAAUUGUUUUUGCUUUGUGAGUUUUUAAGAGUUCGAUAAAUUUAAACAUAUUUUUGUGAUUCCAAUAAAAUGAUUAUUUAUAUUGUUUUAUAAGGCUAUUUAAAAAUAUUUCAAUCAAAAGCAUUAUAUCAAUAAUGAAUAUUUCAACAAUGGUAGUAGUAUCUAUCGAUAAUGACAACUUUGACACAUACAAUGCGCGAACCGUGCAUAAAGAUUACAGACUGGCAUCACACAAUUAAACGACCAUUGCCAAGCAAUAUAUGUCCACUACCUGCUCCACCAUUGUCAGAAUUUUUAUUUUUUGUAUUUUAUUUAUAUUUGUUGCCAUAGCAACCAGAAUUUUUUACGUAGGAACAAAAUGAAAAGAUGUGCAUAAUGUCCAUAUUGCAAUCUAUCCAUGAUUCAAGUUUCAUGAAAAAAUAUGAAGAACUUAAAAAGUUAUCGCAGGAUCCAGAAAGGUGUGACAGACUCACAGACAGAUGCACAGAUUGCAAACCAUAAGACCCCUCAAGUGAAACUGGUAGGGGACAAUUAAGAUUAGUAAACAAUUGGUUAGGUCCUUGUAAUCACAUUGACCCAUUGAAAUAUGACAUCUGAAUAUUUCUGAAUCUGAACUUUUAUGAUUAUUAAAAUUUACAAAAAAAAGUUUCUUGAGCAUGAAUGAGCAUAACAUUAAAUUAGUUUAAAAUGUUGACUUACACUGAGAUCUGUAAUUAGCGAACCCUUCAAGGAAUCGGAAUGACUUUUACUUCUUACCCAUCGUAUUGUAGACUUAGAUGUGUGUUUCUUGGAGUACAAGUGACCUUUAAAGCAUAACACAAGCUGACCGCGUUUGUUGGUUAGAAGUUCAAUGUUGGAAGUGAAUUUUUAAGUGUGGGACAUUACUAUAUAAACACAUUGUUUUCACAGUUUGUUAAUUUACAAUUAAAGAAUCAACAAACUGUAACCUAUUUAUUUAAUUAGUUUAUUAAA